UAUUAAAUUAUCAGGAAUCUAGUGCGGUGGUUGUCCUGAAAAAAAAAUACGUUUAAUUGCUUAUAAAUAUAAAAUCUUCUUUUUUCUUAAAAAAAAUUAAAGACAAAUAUUCUUGAAUAUAUUAUAAUUAUAUUUACUAUUCUGAAAAAUUUUUUAAACAGAUACGGAUAGAAAAUGUCAGCACCUAAAAUAAGCCAAAUAACGGGGGACACAAAUGUCAUGGAGGGAGACGAGGUUCUUUUAGAGUGCAAAGUUGAGCCCGCCGACGAUCCCAAUUUGAAAAUUGAUUGGUUUCACAAUGGCAGACCUGUUAUCGUAGCCUCACGUUUCGAAACAGUUCAUGAUAUGGAUUAUGCGGCUUUAGAUAUAAGUCCCGCUUUCGCCUCAGAUUCCGGAACUUACGUUUGCAAGGCUACCAAUAGACAAGGUCAAGCUCAAGCUAAAAUUGAUGUUACAAUCACGGAUCCUAGUGACGCUGUUUUAAACGACGUUAUCUUAUCAGCAGAGGGUUAUCAGAAGAUUCUAGAUUUAGAAGCCAUUCAUAUCCCCGAGGAAGUACCUGAAGAGGUCCUACCUCCACCUACUUUCGUUCAAGAACUAGCCGAUAUUUUAGAUUGUCAAGAUGGUGAUGUGGUUAGGUUUGAGGCCAGAGUUGAACCUGCCAACGAUCCAUCUCUCAGGAUCGAAUGGCAUUUGAACGGCCAACGUUUGGAUUUAGGAAGUCGUUUCAAGCCUACUUUCGAUUUCGGUUUUGUAUCGCUUGAAAUAUCCCCGGCAAUCAAUGAAUAUUCCGGUAAUUAUACUUGUAAAGCCAUUAACAAUUCCGGUGAGGCUACUUCUUCAGCCGUAUUACAAGUACAAGGGGAAGGUGGCGUUUUCACUGAAUCUCAAAAUCCUGAAGGUCUUGAAAAAAUUAAACAACUUGAAGCCUUCAAUAAUACUAGGGAAUGGGUAUCCGAAGUUGAUGAUCGUUCUUAUGAAGCGCCUAAAUUUAUUAAUCAUAUAUCGGAUAUGAUGGAUCUAAAAGAAGGAGAUCACGUUAAUUUCAAAUGCGAUUAUAAGCCUACAGAUGACCCAGAACUAAAAGUGGAAUGGUAUUUCAACGACAAACCUUUGAUCGCUAGCAAUCGAAUUUCAUGUUUAAUCGAUAAUGGUUACGCCUUGCUUGAAAUUGUGGGUGUAAAACCUGAGGAUUCAGGUUUAUACGUGUGUAAGAUUAGUAACAAAGUGGGAGAAGACACAACCCAAGCAAGCUUAGAAUGUUCCCCUGAUAGAGGCAUCUUUAAAUCCACCAUAUUGCCAAAUAGUCUGAGAAAGAUACGAGAGUUGGAGUCAUACGAUAAACCACAUACCAAAUUGUCUCAACGCCGCAUGCAAAUGACAUAACUUAUACUUCGGUGAAUAUUUAAGAAAACUUCAGUUCUGUAUAAUUUCUGUUUAACAUCUUUGUAACAUAUUAUUAUUUUUCAUAUUUCAAAAUUUGUACCAAUAUUUAUAUAAACCCAAAACAAAAAAAAUAACUUUGAACCAUCCAUACAAACAAUUUGUCUACAAAAAAUAAUGCAUUGUGAUAACUUGAGAAUGUAAUUUUUUUUAAAAAAAAACAAAUCUAAGCAAUAUUACAAAUUAAAUUAUUAUUAUUAUUAUUAUGUUAAAUCAAUGGAAUGUUAAAUAAGGAAAAUAUCACCCCUCCCCUAAUUUGAUUUUUAUUUAAAAUGCGUGAAACUUGUCACUUGUCCGGUAUUUUGCGUAUAAAUAUAUAUCGUCUAACACCCCCUCCCUCAUCCUCGGGAUACAUUUUUCUUAAUUUUUAUUUUAUUUGUUACUAGAAAGAAAAAUCGAAAAAAAUUUUUUUUUAAAAAAAAUUGCUUCAUAAA